AAAUAACACAUGUACAUUGCAUGAGAAAUAUAAUUAGUUCAUGACUUUAAAACUGUUUUUUAUUUCGUAUUGCGUUCAAACAUCCCGAAAUGUCCUUAUUUUUACAUAGAAAAACAAAAUAAAUUAAAAAAAAUAAAUAAUGAUUAAUGUAGUGUCUUUUAUAUAUCCAAAAUUGAAAAAAAAAGCGAAGCAGUCGUCGGCGGGACUCGAACGCACGCCGCCGGUGCAAAAAUGUAUGGACGGGAACCUUAGUCGGCUCAGCUAUGCCGCUUACUCGAAAAAGAUUCUAAUGUUUUUCUUUACAUGGGACAUAGUUGCGUGACCUUAACUGUGUUUUGUAAUUUCUCCUAAACAAAGGCCCAUUGGAACAAAGGCUUUUAGGGUUUUUAUUAGCUACAUGUAAGCUAUCGAACGCACUAUGACUUGCUGGAAAAGCGAUUUUAAUUGGCGUCAUCUCCUUGUUAGCCGAAAUCCGAAUACCGGAAAGCGACUCAGCAUUAGCUAGCGCAGCGCGAUGGUGUUUUGGGCCGGAAGCCCGACAAACUAUCAGCGUUUUUUGAUAUUUCUUACGUAUGCGGAAUUCAAGUCCGCUACGCGUAUGCAUAGCAAUAGAAAUCUUAAUUUCUUGUUGCUAUGCGCGUAUUUAUCGUAGUUGUACAGGGUACAACAAUUUAUAAUCGGCAUAAUUAAGUCAUUUACAUAAAAGUAACAUUAUACUCCAUCUAAUUAAAUCCCCAAAACUGCAUCAAUGUAUCUCUGGAAAACUCAUGGUAAAUUACACAGUGCCAAAAGGAUUUUUGAGAAUUGGUACUGUCCACAAUAUGUUACAAAAGUAGUAUACUUUUGACUCUCCUUUUCCACUGGCACGUGGAAGAUUCCGUUCUUUAAAUCUAAUGUGCUAAACAUAUGAGUAUCUUCUAACUUAUCUAGUAUAUUUUCAAUUAACGAUAAAGGUUGUCUUUUUUUAUUGUUCUAUUUAGUUUUCUAUAAUCUAUGCAUACACGUGGAGAUCCGUCCUUUUUUUUUACCACGACUACUGGAUUCGCAUAAUCGGACAUACAUUCUUCGAUAAUAUCAUCGUUUAGCCACUCCGCUAUUUGUCUCUCUACUACCUUGCGUUUGGGCACGGGUAGUCGCAGUUUUUGAAAAAUGGUUUUUUUAUCUUUGUUUACAAUAGGCAUGUUUACCUCUGUUGUCUUACAGUUACUUGGUUUGUACGACUUGGCAAUCGCUUCAACUUUCUCACGAAUUUCCGUAUCUACUAUAUUGAACAACCACUCUUUAAUCAUGUUAAUUUGCGCUAAGAAUUUAGUAAAUGUCUCUUUACGAAUAGUUAUUCCUUCCGAAUUGACCAUCAUCUCCGUCAUUGGCAAGAUAUCACUACCUAUUAUUAUAACGCUUGCGUUGGUCGUUUCAUUAGGCACGAUAUGCACAGUAUAUAAGUAUUGUUUGUCUCAAUAAUUUAUCUCAAUAAUUGUCUUGAAACAGCUUAAAGAACUUUUAUUCUUUUUGGAACUUGUUAUAAGAAUGACGGCUCUCGAUAAUUUAUCCGACUUAAAUUUGUAAACGUCUUUGCGCAUUACUGUGAUUUGACUUCCCGUAUCUAUUAGUGCAUCUAAGCGCGUAUUAUUUAUUGGUAUUUGUUUAAACAUUUUACUCUUCGACGAUUGGGUAGUAGUGCAAUUUACCGAUACUUUUUUUUCCGUCGCUGUCUUACUUUUAUCUACCGCGCUACAUUGAUUUGCCAUAUGCUCAAACUUUUCGCACUUGUGUAAGAUUAUGAAAAGUUAAAGAUUUGAAAAAAAACACUGAUCAUCCGUGAACGCUACUUCUUAACCAGAAAACGUAACUCUCUUGUCCGCGCUUGCUUUGCUGCUUUUAGCCGCGUUGCCACGCCGGAUUUGAAUUCUUGUUCCCACAUUUCCACGCUUGUAACAUUUUUUGUCUAAUUUUUUUUCUUACAGUUUCUAGAUACAUGUUCUUUUGCCCCCCAGUUGAAGCACCUAGCCUUUAGAUUAGGCUUUUUCUCGGUUCUCUUUGCCGUGUCUGGUUUCCUUAUUUCACUCUCUUCGAUGUUUUGUCUCUAUCCCGCGUUGUUCUGUUUCACACGGUAUUUUUUUGCCUAUGCUCUACAUUUUUAAUUUUUCUUUGAAUUCUGUUAGCGUUGUUAUUCCAUACAGUAACAGUUUAAGCUUUUGCGUAUCGUCUGAAAUACCAUCGAUUACGUAUUGAAUUAGUACUUCUGCUUCUAUCUUUAUCUCGAGCUGCUAACUCCUUCAUCGCAUAAUAGUAUUCUUGUAGCGUAUCCUUUCUCUUCAACUUCCUUUUGGCCAGCAUUUUGUAUAAUUGAGGGCUAUUGACUUUAUCGAGAAAUUCGUUUUGUAAAAUUUUUUUAAUUUUGUUUACGUCUUGAUAACACCAUUCUCUCAAUUAACAACUUUGCCGGUCCCGCUAAUUAUUAUUUUACAAAUAGUAUUUUUUACAAUUUUGACCAUUUAAAUAGAUUGGCUGCGUCUUCGAUCACAAAUCUGACCUAAUUUAACUAGUGUGUGAUGGUUUGCUAUUUUAUUUUGUGACAAUUUAUUAAAUGUGAUUUUUAAUAAAAUGUUACCGAAAAUGGACAUAUGAUCAAGUAAAGUCGAGUUAUUAUUGAUUUAAUAAAAGCAAAACCGAAAGCAAUUAACCAAGCUGGUAUUGCCAACCUAUAAUGCGAUUGAUCAAUCUGAAAUUGUUAACUGUAACUCUAAUCGCAACCGAGCUUACAACUUGUAGUGUGAUAACGCCUUAAGAACGCCACUCAAUUUAAGGUUACAGCACAUCGUAAAGUUUUUAUACUGAUAAUGUAAUUGAAUAUGGAAGAAAAACAACGUGGGAGCUCGAAACGGGUACGAGAAUUUGACACGAAAUCCGACACGCAUAAUAGUACCGUACACCGUUUUUAAACUUAUAGUACACAGUUUUGUUAUAAUACUGUAGUAUUAUUUGAAACAGUGACUAAAAUCUGAUGACAUUAACUUGCACGAUACCCGUAUGAUAUCAAAACUAUUGAAAAUCACAAUGUACUUUAGCCGUGUUUUUGCACGUUUGACUAUUUGGGAUUUUUUUAAAUUGUCACAUAGCAUUAAAAACUAUGAACUUUAAUCUAACUUUUGGUACGCUGGCAAGUUAUAUUUAGUUAGAUACAAUUUUAGAUAAGGAGGUGAUCAAAGUGACGUAGAAUAAUCUAUAUAUGAGGGCAAGUCAAUAUACAGAGUGUCUUAGACCGUUCUGUAAAGCUUGUCACAUGAGGUAGAAGGAAUCGAGACAAACAAAAAAGUCUGAGACCAUUUUGCGAUAUUUGCAAUAAUUUUCAAAUAAUAAAAUAUUAAAUUUAGCUGAAUAAGAGCGCGCAGAGAGAUAAGCGGUCGCUUGCCUGAGCCAUAGGGCCGUCCACCACGGCCCGACAGUAGGCGAGACAAUGAGUAGCGGGCGACGAGGGGAAGGAUAGCUUUGCACCGCCGAGACACGCGUCAAGGCUAUACUACAGUAUAUAGUAGCGCAACUCUCUUCGAUGUGUGAAACCAAAAUCACAGCGCGCAGACGCAAACUCGGUCAUUUUAUACGGUAUUGCUAUCUGCACUUUUCUCUCACUUACUCUUCUGUUUUCCGUCUUUUUCGUUUAGAAAUUGGCAGGUAUUAGCUGCUUGCAUAUUGUUGAUGUUUUGCAAAAUAAUAUUUUAGAUAUUUAAAGAGAAAUAGAAUAAACAAAAGUGAAGUAAAGUGAAGUAAAAUAAAGUGCAGUGAAAUAAAAGGAAGAAAGGAAAUAACAUUUAACCUUAAAGAGAAUUGUGAAUCUGUACAACAUUUAAUAUUGUACAGAUUUUCAAUUCUCUUUCAAAAAAUUCUUGCACUUUGAUCUUAGUUCUGUUUUAGAUACAAGAAGAAAACACAGAAAUUAGUGAGAAAAUGAGUGUAAAAAGUGUAAAGAAGUGUUUUAUAAGAGGUCCUGGAAAUCUGAAGGAAGGAAGACAUGUAUUUAAAUUACCAAAAGAAUAUGACAGGUUUUCAUUAUUUUAUUAUUUUAUAGAAAUAUUUUUUAAUUACGUUAUAUUUUUUACAUAAAUUGCUAUAUUUAACAAAUUGCAUGUUAUAACAGAUGGUUGCCAUGGGUGCAUUUAAGUGGAAGACUGGAUUUAGAAGAAAAAGGUCCAGAAUAUUCUUUUAGAAAUUGUCGACUAUGUUGUCUACAUUUUGAGAAGAAAUGUUUUAAAGUUAAUGAAAAGAGAAUUUUUCUUCAGCCAGAUGCCAUACCUACAAGAUUUAUCAACUAAAAUAAUUGAAGUAGAAACAGAUGCAGAAGCAGAAAAGGACGCAAUAUGCAUAAAUGAAGGAGAAAGCAUAAAAUAGCAAAUAAGCUUUACAACAAAAGAAGAAGGAAAUAAAAUUAACAACAAUAUAGAAAAGGAAAUGGACUUUGAAAUUGUGAAACCGACUACAAGUGCCAACAGAAGUCUUCCAGAUAUUCCAAAGGAUAAAAACAGAGAACAUGAAGUAGAUUCAGUGCCUCAAGAUAUUUACGAAGCUUCUGAAAUUAUAGGAGAAUUCCAUUCGGAAUUAUAUGCUACAGUCCAGGAUGCAGCUCAGGAACAGAUGCCUGAAAGGAAAACAGAAAUUAUCUUGCAAGGAUGUUCUUUGCCACAAGAUACAUCUCAUCAAUACACAAGAUUUGCAACUUCUGUCUCUGACAAUGUCGAACAUCCUUACGCACAACUUCAGAAUGUUCAAAAGACUGAAACUAGUCAAAUAACUAGAAAUAAUAUUAAUCAAGUUGCAAUUGUCGAGAAACCGUCAACAUCAAUAAAUCAGUCAAAUGGAAGUCCAAUCGCUCCACCAAGAACUCGACGAUCCUCUUCACAUAAUUCACUUCUUAAUUCUGAGACACAUUAUGAUAUUCAAGCUGCUAAUGCUAUCUCUGGUGGUGUUCAAGCUAAUCAAGAUUUGCCCUAUAUGACUCCACCCCUCUUAACGCUACUGCCUCAUCCUCAACACAACAAUCCGCAGCAGCAUUUUAGUGGAGACUCUCAAGAUUCGAAAGGGUAUACAAGCAUAAGCGUAAGGGAACCAUUAGCCAACAUAAUAGCACAAACCAAAGCAACUUACAGACAGAAUCAGUCUGUUCGACCAAUCACCGAUCCUCAUUAUGCUACCGUUUCCGAUGAUUCUGAUGAAAUGUAUGCGGCAAUUGAUGAGCAGGAUAAAGUAUAUACCAGCGGCAGCGAAACAUAUGCACAAAUUCAGCCAAUGGCGUCAGAGGCGCAUAGGCAAGCGCAACGUGAACAAACAGCAUUUUGUCAACUUCUGCGCACAGAAGAAAUGCAUUCCGCACCUCAACCGCCGAGUGUUGACAGUUUACGUCAUGUCGCACAUGCUCAUUCCAGGCAAGCAUCAUCGUCAAGUGCCACUAGCUCCAUUAUCAAUCUCGGUUCUCCUAAACCUGAAAAACGUCAAGCAAAUUCUCCAUUACCACCGCCACCUGAGGCAACCGCAGAAGGCUACGCGUCUAUUGACAAAAAGAGUAAAAGUGACGACAAAGGACUGAGGUCCUCAUUGUCACCAGGUAAAUCACUCGAGGAUAUGUACGCAAAGGUAAUAAAGAAGAAAAGAGAGAUAGAGGAGCAGCAAAACGAUACUCAUCCAAGUUCCAGUAAUGGUUUACAUUCCGAAACAAAUACUAAAAAACUAAGUCUUAUCGAAAUUAGCCGAGCAUCAUGGUGCAGUCACGAAUCUGUGGAAAUACAGAAGAAAGAACUUGACGUUGUACAUUAUUCUAUUACUGGCAAUUCUACUAUAAAUAACUUUAACGAGGAAAGUAAUAACAGCACUUCCAUAAGAAUGCCUAAAAUUGAUAUAGAUGUGACUUUGUCGCGCUCAGAAUUUGAUCACGAAUACGAAGCUGUUAACUCUAGCAAUAUUCAGGGAAAUUCUAUCGCGAGAGUCGUCGCAAACUUGUCCAAUCCAAAUUAUGAGUCACUGCGUUCUCAGUGUUCACAAGAGAAUGAUUAUCAAAGCAAUUCUAUAUCUGUGAAGAGUAACGCGGACGUGUAUUCAAUGCCGUUUAAGCACCGACAAGUGAGUAAUGCCAGCAGCGACGAUCCCGGUUACGAAAAAGUGCGACUGCGACGGCGAGAUGAGUUGAAUCAAGACAUGGAUUCAGAGCCGAAUUAUGAAAGUAUGCCACACGACACGAACGAGCCAAAUUACGCUUCUGUCUGUCGACUUGGCGACAGUGAUACAGAUCCAAACUAUGAGUCUGUGAAUCACGUCGAUCCGAAUUAUGAAAGUGUGAAGUACAUGAGUGUCCCACAGAAUGAGGAACCACCGUACGAGCAAGUGAACAAUUUUUCAUUAGAUGCAAAUGCGGACGGUUACGAGAAAGUGAAAAGUAAGAACAAAAUGGACGUUGAUUAUGAAAAAGUAAAACUAGAUAAUUUUGUGGAAAAAAUUAGCAAUGGAGGGGAUACCGACGAUGAGCAAUAUAUUCAAGUGUAAUACUGUUAUUUUGUAUUUGUAUAAAAUAUGCAUAUAAUUGAACUACUUAGUAUUCUUUUAAUAUAUUUUAAAGUAUUAAAAAUUUAGGAAACAAAAUUACAUAUUCUCAUACAGCAUGAGAAAGAUGGCAGAAUCAUUGUAGAAAUAUUUUAUUGCAACAUUGUAAAAAUGUUGUGAAUUGUCACUGUAACGUUGUAAUAACGAAAAAAAUAUCCGCUUUUAAAAAUAUUGCAAUAUAAUGUUGCAGUGAUAUUACAACAUAUUUGUUUAAAAAUGUUUUUUAUAUCAUGAUAGUUACACAAAACAUAGAAUAUUUUAGCUAUAGUGGCAAAAUACAAUAUAACAGAUUCGUAAAAUUGACAAUAAAAACGAAAAAGAAAAUAAGCCAAAACAUUGUGACGGUACGCUUGUUUUGCUCAAAAUUCACAUCACCGGAAUAGGGUGAAAAAACGAGAAACACCAAUUAGUUAGAUUGAAAAAUAAAUGCUUAUUUAAAAUACAGGUAUCUUACAUUAGAUAGUACAUUCAAUGACUCGUUGGAUCGAUUGUACCGGGUGUCCUAUAGCGUUUGGUCAGCGCUGAAUCGCAGACUGGUCUCGGCGCGGAGCAAACGCGUUCGGAUUUGUAGCUAGGACGGACACGGACUUAUAGCUACAUUGCGGAUUGCGCAGAGGCGCAAAACGGACAUGGACUUGUAGUCUCAUCGCGGGUUACGCGGAGGCGCAAGGCGGGUGCGGAUUUAUAACUAAUGCUUUGCGGCGAGGCGUACGGAAUGUAGCAGAUCGGAAAUCAGGAGAUUACUUGAGAGCGCUCAGGUGGCGAUCCUUACACCGGGAGCACCCGCCGGGAGCGAGCCGUACGACGAAUGUCUUAGGAGCAUCCACCAUUCUUGGAGAGGUUUUACGGAAGAGGAUUUGGGACAGGACUGAAUGCCGAAUGCUCGACCGGGCCAAUACUUAUACUUGUCGGUUGUAGGCCAACGAGUUGCACGACGCGGACGGCUGCCACCGGUAAAAAAGCCGUCUCGUGUGGAGGAAUUGCGAGUGAGCACUUCGAGGCGCGCAUGGAUUUCGCAAGCGCAAGCGAGCUCUCCGAGUUACACACGUUUUGCAUAUCUAGUAACGAGGCAUAUUGUCUCAUUACUCUCCCUCUCCCUCCUCAAGCAAGUGCAAGCGAACGAGGAAGGUGAAACAUACACAAAAAACCUUUAGGCAUUAUUUCUUUAUUAUUACAUGUAAUAUUUACUUAUUAUUACAUCCUUAAUUUAUAGUUCUGUAUCUAGUACCGCUGCAUGGUGCUUACGAGGUUCUUCAGGAAAUGGAUGACGAAAUGACCGGCGGGUAUGUGCCCGGUGGCGGCGACCCUUGUGUGCUGCGUCGUGUGGUACUUCGAUGAUCUUCGUCGGUUGUAAUGAUGCGUCUCCGCAUCGUCCUCCCUGGGGCCUCGAACCGCUCCCCUGUCCGACCGAUCACCCGCCGGACAGGCAAACAGGCGCUGUGCGCCAAUAAACGUCACAUAUACGCGCGUUCGAACGGCUCAAUGAACGUGCUAUUACCGUGCGAACUCCGCCCGCACGCGCUCUGGGCCGUACGCUCCUGGCGUUGGAGCAACGAAGAGGCAUACGUGCGAGCGAGAACACAACACCGGAUCGAUCUCGGAGCAACGGGGAUGCUGUGUUCCGAGGAAAAUCGAACUUCACCCCAGCAUCUCCGACUCUCCGAGAUUGGUAUAUAAGAGGGACGAUUUUGUAGAGAAGGGACUUUUUCCUGAUCCAGCUUCCGAGCCAGAACCAAAGAAAUCCAUGUGGUAGAGCGAGUUGUCACCGCUGAAAAGAUCUCAAUGAUUUUUAAUCCCGCUCUCCUUCCCGAGCACCCGAGAAAUCCGCGUGGUAGAGUGAGCUUUGCCAUCGUCGAGAGAUUUCGACAAUUUCGCCGCUUUCCAUCUUAUAUAAAAGAGGGCCCUGUUAUCGUGGUGGAGCGAGCUUUGUCACGGCCGAAAGAUCUCGGCACUGGCCGUCUGUUACUCUGCACAGCGGAGUCCGCGACGAUAACUGUCACCCAGGAGGGUAGAGAGAUCUCUGCCUGCAUUGAGAGAUCUUGAGGCAGCCGUCGUCAUCAUAUCAGUGAGCUCCCUAUUAAGGGAAUUCUGCAUUCUACUUAUCGCAAGUCGCAAGACAGAAUUCCGGGAAGUCUACCGGCGUGCCGUCUACGCGAUGCCCCAACCCGUGCGCACCACGAUCCGCGCCUUGAACCGCUCGCCGGCCAGCGUAAACAGAGUGACGGAAUACACGUCGUAAAUGAACACGAGCGAUCGGGAUAGCGAUACAUUCUGUAAAUAAUAACACCGCCGCGUUGUACAUACCAUUUCAUUAUAUUAUAAGAUCGUAUUAUCUCGCGCUUGUGGCGCACAUUUGUUUAUAAUAAAAGCUCUUUUUAUACGAAA